GACUAUACCCUUAUUAAUCUUGCUUCUACAUGUUCCCACAAGUCAACAUCGCAAGGCCUAGAGGCCCAACCAUAUUAUUGUAAACAGUGUACUGACAUAUAUGAUAUAUAUACACGGCAGCAUAUGCGAAAAAUCAACCCCUUAGCUAUAAAUAUGGAUGCCACUCGAACUCGACCAUAUAUCUUCAUAAUAAAAAGUUCCAUUCUGUGAGCCGAUAUCCAGCAAUGGAUUCCCUGGUAUAAUACAAGAGAAGAGAUCAGAGAUGUGUGGAGCAGUGCAAAGAUGGUGGUGGUGCGACGGUAAGCGAGGGACGUUGAUGAAGAAACUCAAGUCGUAUCUGGUAAUGGUGUUGCUUCAAGUUGGGUUCGCGGGGAUGUACGUGCUCACCAUCGUUUCGUUCAGACACGGGAUGAGCAGUUACGUCUUCUCCGUCUACCGUCACGUCGUUGCCGCUCUCGUCAUGGCUCCUUUCGCUCUUCUUCUCGAAAGGAAGACAAGGCCCAAGUUGACGUGGCGUGUGUUCUUGAGAAUAGCCAUGCUUGCUUUCUUAGAGCCGGUGCUGGACACGAAUCUGUACAAUCUGGGAAUGAAAUACACGACCGCAACGUUUGCAUCUGCAACUCUCAACACCAUACCUGCCAUCACCUUCAUUCUUGCUCUCGUUUUCAGGUUGGAGAGUGCAAACCUAAGGAAGAUUCACAGUGCAGCCAAGGUGAUUGGGACCAUAAUCACAUUCGUUGGAGCCAUGGUCAUGACAUUCUACAAAGGCCAAUUAGUUCUGGCCUUGAGCCAUACUUCCACGUCACUGCCGUAUGGAUCAUUCAUGGUACCAAACGCCAGUAGUGCAGAAGAGAAACGACAUUGGGUCGUCGGGACGGUUAUGCUCUUCGCGAGCUGCCUCGCGUGGGCUGCUUUCUUCAUCCUCCAGGCAAUGACGUUGAAGGAGUAUCCGGCAGAGUUGUCUCUGACGGCAUUGAUAUGUAUGAUGGGAGCUGGGGAAGGAGUGAUCGCUACUCUUGUUAUGGAGGCAGACUCGAGUGUGUGGAAGAUUGGCUUCGAUUCUAGGCUCCUUGCCGUUGCUUAUUCCGGAGUGGUUUGCUCUGGGAUUGCGUACUACGUGCAAGGAGUUGUAAGCAGAGAGCGAGGCCCGGUUUUCGUGUCUGCUUUCAGCCCACUCUGCAUGAUUGCCACGGCUUUUCUUGGUUCCAUUUUCCUAGCUGAAACCUUGCACCUUGGAAGUGUGAUAGGGGCAAUUCUGAUAGUGUUUGGGCUUUACACCCUUGUGUGGGGAAAGAGCAAAGAAUCGCUACUAAUUACCACUCCAACAGCAGAAACCCCAUUCGUAGAAGAGACUACCAUCAACGUCCAUGAUACAAAAAGCUCCGGUGACCAUAACGGUCGCCGGGAACCGCCAUGUACCGGUACUGAUCAGUUGAAGGCCGGCGCCGGAAAUUGCCUGAAAUAAUUGGUUGAUGUAAUUAGUGAGAUUGUAUUGAAUAUAAAGAUGGAGUACAACUUUUUCUUUGAAUACACAUUUCGAAAUGCAUCGCAUGGAGAAAAGAUAUUGUCCUUGUACAUCAACUGUGCAAAUGUAUAUCCACAAACAUGUGAAGAUAUUCAAGUGCAGCUCAUUUGUGACGGUAUUCUCAGAGGAUAUACUACAUGGAGAAGUUUUAUAUUCACCUCAAGGUAGUGAUGUUUCUACUUCUUCCUCUUUAAGGACAAUUGCUUUGGCUAUGGACAUGGAGGGAGCUAUCUACCCUAUUCAUCAAUCAAACCCAUCAAUGAGAGUAAAUUUGACGGGGCUAUUUCGUGACGUCUUUCAUCAUGAAACGUAUUGAACAACGAAGUACCUUGUGAAUAGGAUGGAAAUGUCAUGGAGGAUAGUGAUGAAUAAAAUGAUGAUGAUGAUGAUGAUGAAGUGAGCGAUGAUCCAUUGUACGAUAUAGGUGAAAUAUAAGAUUUGAUAAAAUAUGCAUAUGAGGACCUUUAUCCGGGGUGCAAGACAUUUCAUAAUGGAUGGACUGCAAAAAUCCUUCAUCAUAAUACUUGAGUGGUUACUGCAAGCAUAUCCGGAAGAUAUAUCCUUACUCAAAUCUCAUUAUGCCGCUAAGAGGAAAAAGCUUUACCACACGGCAAGAAGCAGGAGUAUUGCAAGGAUAAGAAAGCAAUUUCGUAAAACUAUAAAUAAUUCUUGAACUUGAAUAUGUUAUCCGGUCCGGAGGUAAUCUAACUUCUAAUUUAUUAAUGCUUAAAGAAGGCGAAAUUAGGCCGAGCUCUAAUUAGAGAAUUAGAUUAUUGGAGAAUUUUGAUCUCUGGUCAGAAUUGAGUUAUGUAAAUAUGAAAGAAAUUAAAUUACAAAUUGUUUUGUUGGCGAAACUCGCGCGUUCAAUGCGCUCUGAUUUCAAGGAAACAAAAAACCCAAAGUCAGCAAAAUCGUCAAAUAUCCGCCGCCGAUAUCGGCGUCGUUGAUCGAUUAAAGUAGAAACCAAGACGAUCGUCAAAUAUCCGCCGCCGGUAUCGGCGUCGUUGAUUUGAUCGAUGCACCUUUGACCUCUAAUCAAACAACCGUUACUCGGUUCACCACCUCUCCAAACUACGUUCGAACGAGGGUGUUCACGAGAAACGAGAAACCAAACCGGGAGUGUUCUAAGUUACGUUACCUCUACUCCUAUGGAGGUUCCUCUGGAGAGCUCCGCAACUACGACUACAACUACUACGACUCUGCAAAGGAGGUCUUUGUCAGAGAAGUUCUACGAACUAGAGAGAAAAAGAUAAAUCUGCGUAGGUGCAGUUUGUGAUUUGAUUUUGCCGUCUCCAGUCUCUCUCUCUUCCCAAUCUUUAUACUUCGCGCUUCUCCCCGUCGUGGUAACUGCCUUGGCGCCUUUGUCUCCCACGUCUUCAUUCCUGUCAACCGUGCAGGUAACUUACUCCUUGUUGCGUGAUAAUCACGUGCCCUCGAAACCGCUCUUGCUUUGCAGAAACUUGGCGAAACGACUUACCCCCUUGUCCAUGUAACGAUGACGUUUCACCAAUACCACGGCAUCGCCUUUCACCAACCGAUGCCGUUUUAUGAUCCAACUCAACUGCCCCGGCCCGGUUUAACCAACGACAUUGUUAGUCCAUCAAACAAUGUCAUUAUAUACUCUUGCGAAGUCGUUAGGCUUGGCGGGCUGCCUUCGGCCGAACUCUUACCACUGCCGCGAUGUCGUUUUACUUUUCCAUGACAUCGCUUCUCAUUAAACGACACCGUCUUUAAAUACCCAUAAAAUACUCAGCCCUCAUUGUUAACUCGCCGUCAAACUCUCACCCCGGCGUCGUUCUUAAUUAAACAACAUCGUUUCC